AUGCACUUCAUUCAUUCACUUGCUGUUGCCGCUCUGGCCAUUGGCCCUGCCCUUGUCGAUGCCCAGACCAAGACCGGACAGACGACCAGAUACUGGGACUGCUGCAAGGCAUCAUGCGGAUGGUCUGGCAAGGCCAACGUGAACUCGCCCGUCAAGAGCUGUGACAAGAGCGACAACCCUAUUGCGGACAUGGCAGCUCGCACUGGCUGUGACGGUGGAGGAGCCUUCAUGUGUGCCGGCCAGAGCCCCUGGGCUGUCAACGACAACCUCGCCUACGGCUUUGCUGCUGCCAAGCUUGCGGGUAUGGGCGAGAGUAACUGGUGCUGCGCCUGCUACGAGUUGACCUUCACAUCUGGCCCAGUCAACGGCAAGAAGAUGGUCGUGCAGGUGACAAACACCGGCGGUGACCUUGGUGACAACCACUUUGAUCUCCAAAUGCCCGGAGGUGGUGUCGGACUCUUUAACGGAUGCACUGCUCAGUGGGGAGCUCCUGCCAAUGGAUGGGGUGAGCGAUACGGAGGCAUCAAGCAGCGUUCUGAUUGCGAUAAGUUCCCGGAGAAGCUGAAGCCCGGAUGCUACUGGAGGUUCGACUGGUUCAAGAACGCAGACAACCCGAACGUCUCGUUCAAGCCGGUUACCUGUCCCGCUGCCCUGACCGACAAGACUGGAUGCAAGAGAAACUAA